AUGGCUGAUAUGAAGACCGGCAUCUUCGCUAAAAACGUCCAGAAACGCCUCAACCGUGCCCAGGAGAAGGUGCUUCAAAAACUAGGAAAAGCAGAUGAAACAAAAGAUGAACAGUUUGAGGAAUACGUUCAAAAUUUCAAACGGCAAGAGGCAGAGGGUUCCAGACUCCAGAGAGAACUGAAAGGAUAUUUAGCAGCCAUCAAAGGGAUGCAAGAUGCCUCAAAGAAGCUGACAGAGUCUCUUCAUGAAGUGUAUGAGCCAGACUGGUAUGGACGAGAAGAUGUGAAAAUGAUUGGAGAGAAAUGUGAUGAACUUUGGGAAGACUUCCAUCAAAAACUGGUGGAUGGGUCAUUGUUGACCUUGGAUACAUAUCUAGGACAGUUUCCUGAUAUCAAAACUCGCAUUGCAAAACGAAGCAGAAAGCUAGUGGACUAUGACAGCGCAAGGCAUCAUCUAGAAGCUCUGCAGAGCUCAAAAAGAAAAGAUGAAGGCAGAAUAACCAAGGCAGAAGAAGAAUUUCAAAAAGCACAGAAGGUGUUUGAAGAGUUUAACACUGAUUUACAAGAAGAGUUGCCAUCUCUGUGGUCAAGACGUGUUGGCUUCUAUGUGAACACCUUCAAAAAUGUAUCCAGCCUCGAAGCCAAAUUUCACAAGGAAAUAGCUUUACUAUGUCACAAACUAUACGAAGUGAUGACGAAGCUGGGAGAUCAGCACGCAGACAAGGCCUUCACCAUUCAAGGGGCACCAAGCGAUUCAGGUCCUCUCCGCUUUGCAAAAACACCGUCACCACCAGAGGAGGCCUCUCCCCUGCCUAGCCCUACUGCUAGUCCUAAUCACAUGCUGGCACCAGCGUCUCCAGCACCAGCCAGACCUAAGUCACCUACACAGCUGAGGAAAGGUCCACCAGUCCCACCACUGCCUAAACUCACACCCACGAAGGAGUUGCAACAGGAGAACAUCAUUAACUUAUUCGACGACAACUUCGUUCCAGAAAUUAACGUGACGACCCCAUCACAGAACGAAGUUCCUGAAACUAAGAAAGAAGAAUCUUUGCUAGAUUUGGACUUUGACCCUUUCAAGCCAGAAGCUGUAUCCACAGGAGUUACUCAUUCACCCAUGUCUCAGACAUUGCCAUGGGAUCUAUGGACGACAAGCAGCGAAUUGGUGCAGCCGGCAUCCAGCACAGCAUUUAAUGGAUUUACACAGGAUACUUCUGCAUUUACAGUGCAAUCAAAUGAGAAUGUGACAGAGCCUUUGACAGAGGCUGAAGAAGCUCCACCUGGAGAACCCAAGCUUGAGGAAACCCCUGCUGCUGUUGCAGAAAAGGAGGCCAUCCCUGCUGAGCCUGUCGAGCCAGCAGAGCAGACUGUGGACAGUAUCGAGGCAGGGGAUAAGGAGACAACUGGAGUUGCUGAGAAAGAAAGUGAGGUGCUACCUGUCACUGAAGGAGCUGUGGCAGCAGAAGACAGUGCAGGAGCUGGUGAUGUCGCUGCUAUCACUGUUACUGAAGGUGACAAACCUCAGGGAGAAGAAAAGGAAGCUGAUGUGUCUCAGGAAAAGAUCAGCAGCAUUCCUUCAGUUGUAAUAGAGCCAGCAUCCAACAACGAGGGGGAGGGAGAAGAACACGAAAUCAUCAUGAAUGAGUCCAAAGAUGCUGCAGCAGAGAUAGGCACUCAGGGCACUGACAUAUCUCUCACUGGAGUUUCCCAGGCUGGAAGUGAGCAGAAACUAGCUGAAGAAAUUCAGGGUGCACCUUCUCAAGAUCAGCCCGUCCCAGUAGAAGACGCAGCUUCUGCGAUGCCGCCUGGCUUUCUCUUUAAGGUUGAAGUUCUACAUGAUUUUGAGGCAGCUAACAGCGAUGAGCUUAAUCUAAAACGAGGAGAUAUUGUACUAGUAAUUCCCUCUGAGACCACAGCUGAUCAGGAGGCUGGCUGGUUGACAGGCAUUAAGGAGUCCGAGUGGCUUCAGUACAGAGAUGUGGAUAGCUAUAAAGGACUUUUCCCAGAGAACUUCACGCGCCAUCUGGAGUAG